GUUUAUUUAUUGAAAAAAAGAAAACGUUCACGUUGGCUUCUACGCUUAUUUUGUCCGUGCAUUAAUUCCACCUUCACAAAGGAAUCUCAACGCCCAAGGAUUAUGUAUAAAUCUAGAAUUGCGUAAUUCCCGUAAUUGUUUAAACUAACUUUAUUGGGGCAAAGUCCACUAUUGCACAAAUUCGGCUCCAGUAGAGUUGGGUGGUAUUGAUCAAUGAAACAAACGAAUAUGGAAUGCAGUGAAACAACUAGAUCGGCAAAUUACAGUCAGAUCCCUACGAGGGACUCUGUGGGGACGCUUGAAAAGGGUUGCCUUGCCGUCCCGGGUGGGCGGCCAGAGGCGAGCGUGGCACUUCAAGUCAGCGCGUAUACGGCGACCACUGCGAUGCAUGUUGUUUGGCGAGCGUGCAAUGGGAUGAUGUCUUUAUUCUUUGGCUUGGCGACGUACGUUCAGAUCAACGACCCGGACGGAGCCCUGUGGAUGUUCGGUUAUGGCGUUCCUGCCGUCCUCUGUGCGCUCAUUGGCUUCAAACCUCACGUGACAGGUGUUGCAAUUGUUUUCAGAGAUGUUGCCAUGGAGACGUGUUGCCGACCUUCACAUGAUGCUGUGCACUGGGAUGCUCCUGAUCAUCGGAUGGAAGCUAUACGGACAAAACAUGACGGGCGUCUUCCAAGAAGAGGAGGCCCGAGAGUUUGGCGGUGUGGUAUUGACAAUCAUGUGGCUUCUGCUGUGUCGUCACUCUGGAAGGUCGGCGGUGGGCAAACUCAGAGUGUCAGCUGCCAUUGUCGUCACCCUCUUUCCAUUUGUCUGCUGGUUUUACUUCCACAUCCAUGAGGAGCUGCGCGCCAACUGGCCAUCGCACUGCAAAACUGCACUUUAAUGACAGCAAAAGGACAUUGUGAUUUUUGUAUGACUGAAAAUUAUGGACUGAUUAUAGUAUUUCAUGACGCACGAUUGUUGUUUUUGUCCCGUUAUAAUUUAUGUAUAAGUCAACAUUUUUUAAUUCUAUAGCAUCAGUGGUGGGAAGUAAUAAAAUACAAAUUCUUUGUAGAUGUACUCAAAGUGUCCAGUGGUUUUAUUUUUAGGAUGGGCAUUAUGAAAGUUAAUAAGAGAAAAUCUUACUUAUGCUGAUUUUUCAGAUUUUUUUUCUGAUGAGUCAUGUAAAAAUUGUAUGAUUGUUGAAAAAAACACGUUUCCUUUGUUGAUUAAAACUUUUUUGACUUCA